GGAAACAUCAUCUUCAGCGACCCGUUCCAGGCCAGCUAGGUACUGCCAGAAGCAGCGAAGCAAGAGGGGCAGGCUGCUAGCUGCAAUCUUAUUCAGGCAGAACCACAAUUGUUAAGAUACUGCAAGAUGCAAGGAAUUGCCAAGGCGCUGGGCUUACACGGAAAGCAGCUGAGGCUCACGGUUCUGCAGCACAUGAACAAGGGGAUCUUCUCCUGGGCCACCCUGAUUUCGCGUAUACAGAGUGAAUCUCCGGCUGUGAUCAUACCUCACAUGGGGCUGGAGAACAUCACCGUCCGAGAGAUUCUCAAGGCGAAAGGGGAGGCUCAAGCUGGGGCGGUCUACUGGUGCAGCACCAGCCAUUUGGUGCAUGAAGCCGUCAAACAUAUGACAGCCCAGAAUGUUGGAGCUCUAGUUGUGCUCAAGUCAGGGGACGAGAAGCAGCUUGCAGGAAUUGUAACUGAGCGAGAUUUCGCUAGGAAAAUCCUCUUACCAGGGCGACCUUCAGAGGAAACAAGAGUUGAAGAUAUCAUGACCGAAGAGGACAAGCUAAUAACUGUAACCAGCAAUACCAAUAUUCUACGUGCAAUGGAGCUAAUGACAGACGAGCACAUUCGACAUGUACCAGUUUUUGACGAGAAAGUAGUUGGCAUGAUCUCAGUUGGUGAUGUGGUCAGAGCGAUUGUUGACCAGCAGCACCAAGAAGUAAAACAACUGAAGAAGUACAUCACAGGAGAUUACUAUUAGCAUGUAUCUCUGAUCAAUGAAGAAAUAUAUUGUCUAUGCAAAUUAUUCACUUUAAUUAACAAAUAUUCAUAUGCUCC